AUGAGAUCCAGCUUAGCUCUUCGUUUAAGAAAUUCUAUAGAUAACACUCAUAUUUAAUAUGACAAUAAAUACUCUGUUCAUGUGAAUACUUAAAAUCCUGUCAUGAGUCCUAGAAAGUCAGUUGAUAAAACUACCAUUCAUUAGAUUUAUAAAGUAACUUAACCACAUCAAAUUAAACAUAAAACAAUAAAAUUGGGUAGGGAUACAUGUGGAUAUAAUGUUAGAUAUAACAAUUCUGUUGAUGUAAGUUUAGAAGAAUUAAAGAAAAUAAAAACAUUAGAAAAAAGUUUAUAUUACAUAUAAGAGAAUAGAUAAAGGGCGGAUAAAAAAAUCAAUAAUGAAAAAGUUCUAAAAGAGGUUCUGUAAAAAUAAUAACUAUUCUUCUUAGAACCCUUUUCAAAUCAGCAAUAACUUAGACAAAUAACCGAAAAGAUAUUCUCUUCCAGUUUUAAAUAAGAAAUAAUCACCUUAGCAUAACAACUAAGAUAAAAUCACUAUUCCUGUUUUGCCAGCAAUAUCAGAAAAUACUAAUACUAAAUAAAAUAAUUUUAGUAUUGAAAAAUGUUUGGAAGACCUAAAUAAAAUUAAGAGUGGUGGAUAAAAGGAACAUCCAUAAUCUACAGAAAGAAUUUUAGAUUUACUAUUACUAAAUACUUGUGAUUUAAAAAAGAUCUUUAGAAACUAGAAUCAAAAGAACAAAAGAAAAAUAAUUGUUUAAAGUAAAGUGCCAUAAGACUUUUUUAAUAUUUUAAAAAAUUACUGA